AUGGGCAACAAGGAGUCCCGCAUCGGCUUCCUCAGUUACAACGAGGCCUUGCGAAGGGUGACGGACCUAGAAUUGAAACGGCUGAAAGAUGCUUUCAAGAGGACCUGCGGCCUCUCCUGCUACAUGAGCCAGCAGUGCUUCAUUCGUGAUGUACUUGGAGAUGGAGUUCCUCCAAAAGUGGCAGAGGUCAUCUACUGCUCUUUUGGCGGCAUGUCCAAAGGCCUACACUUCAAUAACUUGAUUGUGGGCUUAGUCCUCCUGACAAGGGGUCGAGAUGAAGAGAAAGCAAAAUACAUUUUCAGCUUGUUCUCCAAUGAAUCUGGGGGCUAUGUUGUCCACGAAGAGCUGGAGAGGAUGCUCCUUAUGGUUGACGAGAGGGUCCCAGAGUCUCUCAAGAAAUGUUUCUCUGAGGGCGAAAAGGUAAACUGCAAGAAGUUCUGAAGCUGGCUGUUGUGCAACAAAGAGGCCUUCACGUUUUCCCGCUGGUUGCUGUCCGGCGGGGUGUAUGUUACCCUCACGGAUGACAGCGACACCCCCACCUUCUAUCAAACGCUUGCUGGCAUCACACACCUGGAAGAAUCUGAUAUCAUUGAUCUUGAGAAACGGUAUUGGCUCCUGAAAGCUCAAUCGAGAACAGGGCGCUUUGACCUGGAAACUUUUGGACCCUUGGUUUCCCCACCAAUC